AUGACUGUAAAGCUAUUUGAACUUAUCAAACAGGACAAUUUUCUGUCAAAUGGUUUUCAUGUGAAGGAUCCAAACUUAGCCUCUCAGGUCUGGGAUAUGCUGAUGGCAAACACAGAGAAUAAGAAACAGGUGAGAUCAAAGUUUGGAAAUAAAAAUGGUCAAGUAGGGACUGAUGAAAAAGAGGAGGUUGGAGAAAAUACAGAAAACCAGUCUGGUAGUGAUGAGGACACGGAACAGCCAGCAAAGAAGAAAUUUAAAACAAAAUUUAACUGGAAUGACAUAAUUGUAGAAGUUCUGCAAACAAAGGGACCUGAAAUGAAAACAAAGAAAUUGAGAAAAAAGGUUCUUGCAGAAUACUUGUCACAAGGGUGUUCAGAAAAGUCAGAGGAAAAACUCUGGGCCAGAUUUGAGAAGAAACUGAAGAAGAUACCAGAAGUUAAAGUUAUAGGAGACAAAGUGAAGCUUAAAAAUGCAUCCUAG